CCUAUUACAACGGACGAUGAUGUUGAUGAAGAAGAGUUUGAAAUAAAAAAUGGCGGCUGGUCUGAAAGAGAAGGAGCUCGCGCGACUUGUUUAUGAUGCUUUACAGGUUGCAUCUUGUCCACUGGUGGAAGGUCUGUACUUGGAGGAAGAAGACAGCAUGCUGCAGCUGCUGUGCACUCCCUCUCAGCACCGCACCGACAUAUUGACGUGGAUCUGCAGCAGUAUCAACCCACAUUUCGCCACUUCCAAGGCGACGUCGGUCAGAUCCAGAGACGUGAAUGUUCUGAUGAAAGGUGACAUUUAUAAAGAAUUGGCCUUGUUUGGGCAGGAGCUGAUGCUGUGCAAAGCAGGGGACCUGGACCUGGUCAGGGGUGACGCGAGUCUCUGUCGCCAGCUUCGGUUCCUGGAGCAGCUUGUGUCGCUGCUCCCAGGCGAGAAGAGUUCUGCAGGUCAGAGAGUGGACGGAGAGCUGCUACUGAACGAACUCUUCACCGCAGAGAAUCUGCCUCACCUCACGCAAAUGCUCGAACCGACAUUCGACCCCUGGCCUGCGCACAUCAAGGCAUUAUGCAAAGGUACCAAAUCCUCUGAUACGCCGAGCAAAGAAGAGGAUACUGAUGUUGCUGCCCUCCUUCAAGUGACUCAGUCAGCACUGGAGCAGCUACAGUCUGAGUGCGAGUUCCUGAAAGUAAAGGAGCAGAGUCCUGGCGUUUUCUCUCCCAGCUCAUUGCGCGUGGCGGCGGGCGACCUCCAGCAGCUGAUGGCGACUUUCAGCCACGUUUAUGAAACCGAUUUGAGGUCUUACUGCAACAGAGAACCUCCCAGCUUCAGCACAGAGACCGAUGUCUUCCAGAGAGUGCACCGACUGCUGCUGGCCUGCAACACGGAGUUGGAAAUGUUUAAUGAAGUAUUGGAAGCUUCUGCCUCCAUGAAGGAGGAAGUGAACUUGCUACAAACGCAGCCUCGGUACUGGAGGAGAGGGGAGAAGCACACGCUACAGAACCAACUGACAGAACUUACAAAGCGGAAUCGAGAGUUUCUCUCCCUGAUUCGGUCAUGAUGGACAGGAGCUGAGACCAUCGGGCCGUAAAACACUCGGAACAACUCGGUUAUACUGAAGACGGUCUCAUCUGUCCUUGUGCUAAAAAUGUUGUCGCCGUGAACGUCAGACGAAUGUUGACCAGUGAGAGCGACACACUUCCAGCUCAGCGUCUCUCAUCUCAACAAAGUCAGUGCAGACAUAGGUGGUUUACAGCUGAUGGACUAAUUUAUAUGACCAGAAUUUAACAUUUGCCUUAACUUAUAUUGUCCUUUGAAAUCUUAAUAAAUCAAAGUAUUUUUUAAAUGUGAUAUAUAUGAUGUCGGUGAACAACGUGCCACAUAAUAUAUAUAUAUAAAUACUUAAGCCAUUAUUAGAUGAUGUGUCAAUGCAUCACACGUUUAAUUCCAUGUGUUUUAAAUUGAAACAGCCUCAUAUAGACCUGCUCAGUAGCUGUCAGUAAUAAAUGCAGGUUUUAAUCCAUCAGCCAUUUGUUCCAUACCAAGCCGAGACUGAGAAACACUGCUUUUUAUGAAUCUUCCAAUUUAAUAAAUCCAAUCUUUUAGCAGCCAAACAUGCUCUAUUUUUUCUUUUUCUGUGUCUCUUUUAAAUCCAACCACCGCUACUACCAUUUCUGUGAAUAUUUUUAAGAUUGAUGUGAGUGGGAAACACUUUUCUGAAAACUACUCUUAUGAAUUAUAAAUCAACUAUUUAAGUUCGGUAAGGAGGAAGUUAAGUAUUUGCUAAUUCAAAAUCGUUGCUUCUACAUUGUUUAGUAUCAGUUUAAAGGUGUGUAAAGUGUUAAAUGUGUAGGACGGUUUUUAAGUGCUUUUUUGGAGGCCAUCAUGUUAUCUACAGAAGCCUCAAAGAUCCAAAGUUAGCCAGAGCGUGUCUUUACAUUGUGUUCUCAAGAACCUUUUUAAAGCAUAAUGCGUGAAAGAUUGUGAUGUAAACUAUUCACUCACAUUGCCUUGGUUUACUUGGAUUAACUGCCGGAACAUUAGUGUCAGUAUUGAGUUGAACUUUUGUUCAUGUUGUUUUACUAAUUUUGUGGGCAUUUCUCACAUUUGGGUUGUUUAAUUGUAUGUUUUUAUGUCUAUUUUAUGAGCAUACUAUGUGCAUACAACACUUGGGUGCAACUGUUUGAAAUGUGCUUUAUAAAUAAAGUUGGAUUGGAUUGUAAAAACAA